AUGCCAGUUCGCAUCGUCGCUUUCGGUUCCAAUGGUUCCGGACAGCUCGGCAUCGGCCAUACGGACGAUGUCGACAUUCCGACGCCUUGUCGCCUGGCGACCGACCUGUUUCCGAAUGAGUCAAUAGUACAAUUCGCUGCAGGGGGCAAUCAUACUUUGUGCCUGACAUCAACCGGCAGAGUGUUCGCUACAGGCAGCAACGAAAGCGGUCGUUGCGGUGUCUCAUCCGCAAUCACGCUGGCCACGGAGUUCCGCCCGGUAACGUUCGCGAAAGAGGACGAGGAUGAGCCAGCUCGAGUCACGAGUAUUGGGGCGACUUGGGAGGCAUCAUUCUUCGUUGUUGACGACAAGCGAAUUUAUGCCUGCGGUAGGGGCGAUAGGGGUGAGCUUGGACUCGGAUGUGCGCGAGCGGUGGCCUUGACACCAACAUUGAUUCUCAACCUGGCGGAGCUUGGAUCAGACGAGAGGGUAUCAAGCAUCAGCGCAGGCGUGAGCCAUGUAGUACUCAGCACGAGCACCGGAAGGCUCUUUGGCUGGGGAGCAUGUCGCAAGGGACAGCUUGGAGAAGAUCUGAGUGCACUGAAAGUCGCGUGGGAAGUGCGAGAGACGAAUGUUCCAUUUCCAGUGCGCCUGGUAGCAGCCGGACGUGACUAUACGUGCAUCGUUGGUGGCUCUGGAAAAAUGCACUUGCUUGGACGAAACAACAUCCUUGGAGAUAAUCAGAACAGCACAGAUCUUGGCGCCAUCGAUGAGAUUGCAUCCGGCUGGACGACUGUCACUGUUCGCCAAGGUGGACAGCUGAGAGGACUUGGUCGGAACAACCACAAACAACUACCGCCGCCAAAUCUGGCCCAAGUGUCGUUGUUGGCCGUCGGAAGCGAGCACUCAAUAGCGCUGGACACCACGGGACAGCUGUUGGCAUGGGGCUGGGGCGAGCAUGGCAACUGUGGACGCCCAAGGGCUUUCAGCGAUGCAGGCGCAACUGCGAACGUUAACGCAUUGUGCUGCUUGGUGCUGGAUGUGCGACAAGUUUUGCCGUUAUAG